GCUCUUAUAAGUAAGUACGUAACUUUUACUCUGAUUUUUUUUUUUAAAGUUUGAGAAGUAUUACAUUGUCAACAUGAAUUAGUUGCAGCAACUUUUAUUCUAGACAUUGCUUCACAAACUUGAACAUCUUCUCCUCCUCGUUUUUUCUUCCACCACUUACCAAGGCCAUUUUUGACAUAUUAUUAUUUGAUAGGAUUAACGUCAAAAGGAGACGUCACAAAAGCUAACUAAGAUCUCCUUGUUCCGACAAGUCACAACACAAACGAAAGCCUCUUCCAUAUUUCUAUAUAUAAACCAAAGAACACAGCACUUACCCUCAUUAACUAAGAUUUUGGCUUCACAAUUCUUCUCCAUAAUUUUUUACUCUUCCUCACAGAUUACAGAUUCAUAUAAUAGAUGCUAUUUCAAAAUGGGAAGAUCACCAUGUUGCGAUGAGAGCGGGCUAAAGAAAGGGCCAUGGACGCCUGAAGAAGAUGAGAAACUGAUAAAUCACAUACGAAAACACGGUCAUGGAAGCUGGAGAGCUCUUCCAAAGCAAGCCGGUCUAAAUCGGUGUGGGAAGAGUUGCAGACUGAGAUGGACUAAUUACUUGAGGCCAGACAUCAAAAGAGGAAACUUCGCUGCCGAGGAAGAACAAACCAUCAUCAACCUUCAUUCUCUUCUUGGAAACAAGUGGUCGUCAAUAGCUGGUCAUCUUCCUGGAAGAACGGACAACGAAAUAAAAAAUUACUGGAACACGCAUAUCAGAAAGAAACUUAUACAGAUGGGAAUUGAUCCGGUGACCCACAGGCCGAGGACCGACCAUCUAAACGUUCUAGCCGCUUUACCGCAGCUUCUAGCUGCCGCAAGUUUCAACAACCUCUUGACUCUAAAUCAAAAUAUACAACCGGAUGCAACAAGUGUUGCUAAAGCUCAAUGGUUACAUAGUAUGAUGCAAGUCCUCAACAGCAACAACACAUCUUCUUCCGUUGACAUUCAUCACACCAACUAUAAUAUCUUUGGCCAAUCUUCUUUCUUAGAGAACCGACCAAAUAUUAGUGAAAAUCUCUAUGAUCCAACCCAAAGCAUCUCUCGCAUUGAUCACCAGCCUCUAGAUUCGUUUUCUAGCCCGCUUGGAGUAUUUUCUCAUCAAGAUAAUGAAGAUAUGAUUCCUCCAUUGAUAUCCGCCUCUUCUGAUGGGUCUAAACAAACCCAAAUGAUGAUCAAGAACAAAGAGAUUUUGAAGCAUAAUGAGCACACUUCAAACCCUUCCUCGACCUUAACGUUCACGCAAGACCAUCAGCCAUGGUGUGACAUAAUUGACGAUGAAGCAAGUGAUUCUUAUUGGAAAGAUCUCAUAGAGCAAACUUGUUCGGAGCCUUGGCCAUUUCAUGAAUAGAGACGAAAGCAACACAAUAUUAGCAUUUUUUUCUGUGGAUAUUGAUAAUUAACUUUCAUACAAUUUGUGUUUUAAAUUUUCUUAAUUUUUCAACCAUGUAGCAUUUUUCAACUGAUUAUCAUACAUUUGUA